AUGAUGUGUGUGUGUGUGUAUCGCAUCUCAUAUACGAACUACGAAACUACGAACACGAUGAUGAGUACUGUGAGAAACAAGAUGGCGAAAGGUCAUUAUCAUAUGGCAAAUGUUGUUACGACAAUAAUUUUAUGAUUUUGGGUUCCGAGAAUUUGUUUGUUUUGUUUACAGUAAAAAAUUAACAACGAAAUAAACUCUAGUAAACUAUAGUCGGUGAUUAAAUAAAGGUUCGGGUUCGGAUAAUCCAUGGAUCUUAUAAAAAAACGAACUUCGAUAUAAAGAGAGGUCAAAGAAAACAGGCAAGAGUUUCGAACGUUAGCUGACAUUCACAAUAGAGACAGAUCAUCGUCGUUGUCGUCGGUGCAACGAUGACUGAGAAUACAAGAUAGUCUAGCUCAUUAUUUCUUUGAGAAAUAUGUCAGGAAAACAGGGACACAAGUGUGUGUUGUGCAACGCGAAUCUUGAGAGCAAAGAAGCUCUACAAGAACACUUCAGGAGACAUGCAAACAAUGAAAUUGACAAGGCCGGACGUGUUGAGCCAAUCGUGGCGUCUGCGGAUUGCAUUUGUGAUAUGUGCGGCAAAAUAUUUGAAUCUUCAACCGAUACGAUAAAACACAGAUUCAAAGUUCAUCCUGAAUCAUCGAAAUAUUAUUGUUGCUACUGCGGCAAACAAUUCCCACUGAAGAUUCACAGAGACAAACACAUUAUUUCUCAUGACGAGGAUGAAAAUAACGAAGCUGAGCACAGAAAGUGUGGAGAGUGUGGCUUUGUUUUUUACAACUCUGUGGCUUUAAGUUUUCAUAUGAGUUCUGCUCACCUUGAGAGCAAAACGUUAAGAAAGUUUGAACGCCGUAAAGAGAUUACUCCUCCUAAGAGAGAACACAAAUGUGUAUUAUGCGAGGCAAAGUUGGAUAGUAAGGAAGCUUUGCGCGAACAUUUCAGAAAACAUGCGAAUAACGAAAUAGACAAUAAUGGAAGAAUGAAAAAGGUCGUGCCAAAGCCAAAGGCGGAGUUCGAGUGUGAUGUUUGCGACAAGUUAUUCACGUCCAUUACCGAGACGAUAAGGCACAGAUUUAAGAUGCAUCCGGACUCUCCAAAAUUUUAUUGUUGCUUUUGCGGCAAACAAUUUCCAUUGAAGAUUCACCGAGAUAAACAUAUGGAGACGCACGAUCCGCACGAAGCAAAUAUAGAACCACACAAAAAGUGCCUAGAAUGUGACGGUCUUUUUUAUAACGAGAAGGCAUUCGAUUUCCACCAUCGAUCCGUUCACAAGAGGAUCGUACAAAUGCUACAGCCGAUUCCAACACCACCACCGAGUAACAAAAUAAAAGUAAAUUCGAUGAACGACGCGUUGAGUGUUUACUAUUGUCACUUGUGCGGGGUCGAGUACGUCAUUAAAUUCAAUUUACAGCAACACCUCGAGCGAGUACAUACGCAGGCGGAAAGAGACGCAGUGCCGGAGGACUUGAUCAAGUGUACAAUGUGUUCGGCUCUGUUCUGCAGUAAACGAGCUUACGAGACUCACAAUAGUUAUCACAAACCGAACGAUUUAUAUGUCACGUCGGAGCAGCAAAGGCUUCAGACGGUAACGAAGGUUGAUCAGGAUUUUGAUAUACGAAGGGUAACCGCGGAAAAAUUUCCACCGCGCGUUAACGAAUCAAAAAGACGAGCAACGCAACAAUGUCGUCAUAGCGGAACGAAACGACCGAGGGACUCGGUGCAAGUCAAGGUCGAAGUCGAUUUUCCAUUUUCUGAUCAGGAAGCGUACGACUAUGCGACACGUUCGAGCGACAGCGAGAGCGAUAUGCCGUUGAAUCGACGAAUGGCCUCUAGCUGACGAUAGCACAAUUAUCCCAUAUUCAGCACCCGACGAAGCACGUAUGCCAAACUAAAAAAUGCCAGACGUUAAAUUUUUAUAUUGCUUGGUGGAUCAUUCGCCGCCUUUUACUUUGUUUCUCCGAAUCUUCGUCGUGCGUACAGCAUUUUUGUAUGGUUCAAUUGAGUAAACAAGAAGCGAGCGAGAAAGCGGCAGGCAUGAUACUUCGGGAUCAUAACAACCGAGGCUGCGUUUCUUCAUUCUUCUUUAUACUGACAUUGAAACAAAAAAGAUUUUUAACAACAAUGAGUAUUCCCGCUUUGGUAAUUAUUAAAAAUCUUACUUGAAAAAUCGCCUCCUGAAAUAAUUCCCGGUAGCAUUUAAACCUGAAAACUCGUCCGAAACAAUUAUUUAAACUCCGAUUUACGAAGACAUUGUACAUUUUUUUUAUUGUUUCUAAAAUACGUUCCAGCUCCUCACCUAGUGUAAUAAAACGGAUAACGAAAUAAUUACGGUGGUAAUAUUGACGAGCCAUAUAAAUUUGUACGCAGCAUUGAUAUUUUUUAAACUUUUUCCUAUUUCAUCAAUCAAUCAGAAAAUAUCAUCAACGCGACACAACAACGGCACCCAAUCUUAAUUUCCAUUCUAUAAAAUCGUUAACAUUAUUCAGUCAUGAAUGUACAAACGAGAUAGCGCAAGAAAGGAAAUAGUCUGUUAAAAAUUCGAAAAUCGUCAAAUGAUUCUUUCAAAAAAAAACCCAAAAUUGUGUAUAUGGGAGAUUAAAAAAAAUUUGAGGCCUUCAUGUAUUAUCCUAACUUAAUUUUUUUUUUUUUUUAAAAUUCAUACUUUCAAUGGCAACUUUCGGUAAGCUUGUGAAUAAAAAACAAUUGUUUUUUAUCUAUCCGAUGUCACUACUUUUUUCUAACAUUGUUGAACCUCAAAGAUCGAUACCUGCUUUUGAGAUACCUCACAAGUCCAUUUUUGAAAAAUCCAGAAAGCACUCGUAAGAAUUCGAAUCACCAGAAAAAAUGGUGCAAGACUGCAGUAGUGUUUUCAUUUUUUUCCCUGCUAAAAUCGAACAAUGGCGUCAUCGGAUUCAUUCAAGAAUAGCUAGACUGGAUUUACCCGAUAAACAUUGACAAGCGUGUCGGCUAAAAGAAGGCUAAUGUAUGUGUACAGUAUAGACGAAAACCUGGGAAUCCAAUCGCCAGUUAUGUCUUCGCUGCUGCGUCCUCAUACAACAAUUAUGAGCAGAGAGUAGCGAAAGUUCAUCAGAUGCCAGCGAAAAUGUUAUAAAUUUGCCAAAAAACACAAUAUUAUUAUAAAUAAAAGAAAACGCUGAGCGUCGAAAAAAUACGAAUCGAACUAGUACCUCGGUAAAGAUCACACAGUUUCACAAUAAUAGGAAAAAACAAUUGUUUCUCAUUUAUACUAAUAUCGCGUUUCUUUCCAAACAUUCCUGCACUUGGACAACAGAAAAAAGUCUCAUGGAAUAAAUGAAUUUAAUAUUCAUAUGAGUUUACUUCAAUCUCGGUGUAUUUCGCUCCGCAUCCCCAAUAUCAUCUGUUCAAUUGGGAUCGGCCUCAACUUAUGCAUGUAAUUGCUGAUAUAUAUAUAUAUAUUUUUUUUCCGAAAAAAAAAAAAAAUCAAAACAAA